ACCGAUCGGUCCCUAGAAGUAUGGUGCGUCAACCAUGCUAAUGGCGGCUUAGUAGAGGUCCGGGGGUACAGCUUCAUCAUUCAGUUGCGGCAUCAGUCAUUCUUUGCUAAAACAAACCGCCAUUUCUGGACCUACCAUCACACCCCAGGGCAGCAAAUCAACAUGGCGCAAGGGUAUUCUAUCUUCAUCGGCCUCGUGGUCAUCGCUGCGUUAAGCGCAGCGGCUUGGUUUAUGUCCCCCAAAGGCGAGAAUCAAGUCUUGUGGCGAUCAUCUCUCAUUCUCGCUAUCGUCAGCUGCUAUCUCAUGUGGCUUAUCACCUUCCUCGCGCAACUUCACCCGCUGAUUGCACCGAAACGAAGCGACCUACGAGAGGAAUUUCUAGGGCAUACUAUUUAG